CCUUCUUCUUCUUUUUUGAAUGAAUUGUGAAAGUCUCAACAAACCCUUCUUCACUCUCCCCACACCCCUAAAGCAACUCACAACAAAGAAGAUAGAGCAUCUUCAAACACAAAACAAAGAAAUCUCGAGAGUACUUUCAGAAGCAAAUAAAAAUCAUUUCGAUGGCGAUUAAAAUCCGGACUACCAAGCUAACACAAACGGCUAUGAUAAAGCAAAUCUUAAAGAGAUGCUCAAGUUUGGGGAAGAAACAGAGCAGUGAAUAUAACGACGAACAGGAAAUGGAUGGAGAAUCUCUUCCUCUAGAUGUGCCCAAAGGUCAUUUCGUGGUCUACGUAGGGAAGACUCGGGUCAGGUACGUAUUGCCCAUUUCAUUUUUGACCCGACCCGAGUUUCAGAUUCUUUUACAACAAGCUGAGGAAGAGUUUGGCUUCGAUCACGGCAUGGGCCUCACUAUUCCAUGUGACGAAGUAGCUUUCAGAUCUCUCGUCGCAACCAUGCACUGAUCAACAGAUAAUCUAGGGUUUUUGUUUUUUUGGUUUUGAAUUAGUCUUGUUUGAGGAAUAAGCUUUGUUAAUCAGCUUUUAACUUUUAGCUAUUCUGGG